AUGAAAGUGAACGUGUACAUUGUCGCAGCUGACGGCGGCGAAACGUGUCGAAUAUGCUGGUACACGGGUACAUCCGAUGCUCAAGUGGAGAUGGCGAUACGUAUGCAGCUGCACCUGCCUCAAGACAUGUCUUUCCUCCUGCGUGACGUCGACGGGGACAUUGUGCCCGCGGCUUCGACGCUGCCGAAUGGCUAUCGCUACACUCUGGUACUUUCAGAAGACCUUCGGACCGACGAGAUUAUGUCCGAAAAUGAAGCCAUUCCUAAUGAGAGUAGUAACGACCGAACAGUCACGGUGGGCACUGAAGAGGAUCCAGUGCCGAUGAUGACGCCAGAAAAAGCGACGUCAUCCAUAAGUGCCGAUAUAACUCUGAAGAAGAGACGACUUGAAGCAGACGAGAGUGACGCGAGUUCCGUCAUGCCCCUUCUACUGGGGGACCGAACUACUUCGAUGAUUGCACCAGCUGUGCGACGGGAAGCUACUGUACCUUUGUCUAUGGCUUCUAUUAUAGCCCAAUUUGUCGAUACGUUUACGCAACCUAUUGCCAACGACGAUAACGUGAGCUUUAUUCCGAAUACAGGACGGUUUGCACUCUAUGCACUCUAUCGCGAGGUCGUGCGGGAGACCAGGUUUCAUCCCAAACGCGAGGACGUGUUUUACAAGAUGACGUCUAUGCAUGGGAAAGUAGAUCGUCAGCGCGUGAUUCGCUACUAUCGAUGCGAACCAGACGAGGGAAAACGAGCGAACGUGGUGCAGUACAAACCGCAGGGUAAAGGUAUUCUGCUGCGGCGGUACCGCAAGAUAGGGGGUGAAGAGCAGCUGGAGGACGUGGUCAAGUCGGCUCCGUUCAUUUCGUGGCUGCAGUUGGAUCCGACUGAGGUGGUGGCACUGUACGUGCGCUUUAUAGACAAUUUCGCACCAGUUGUUAAGGGAGACUACCGAGCUCAAACAAGCGGCGGCGAAGACACGCAGGAUGAAGGGAUUUGA